AUGUCUUCUAGCUCACCUUUUGACCUCACGGGGAAAACUGCCCUGUGCACUGGCGGCACCCGUGGUAUUGGCCAAGCUAUGGCCCUUGCGCUAGCUGAAGCUGGCGCUGAUAUUAUUCUUGUACAGAGGGAUACUUCAAAUACGACGACUCAAUCGGCUAUUAGAGCACUCGGUAAAUCUUGCAAUAUCGUCACCGCCGACCUAUCCUCAGCGGAAUCUGUUGCUGCACUUAUUCCGACUCUUGUAGCCGAUCCCUCAAAGCUUCCCAACAGACGUAUAGACAUUCUGUUGAAUAGCGCCGGCAUCCAACGUCGCCAUCCUUCUCAUAAGUUCCCAGAGGACGAUUGGAAUGAAGUUCUGCAAACCAAUCUUUCUACGGUCUUCGUUCUUUGCCGUGAUAUUGGGAAUUACUGGCUUAGUGACUUACCUCCUUUGAGAGGACGCAUCAUAAAUGUUGCAUCUCUUCUCUCCUUCCAGGGAGGACUAACAGUUCCAGCAUACUCUGCUUCGAAAGGCGGUGUGCUACAACUGACAAAGGCGCUCAGUAACGAAUGGGCUGGCAGAGGAAUUGGCGUCAACUGCAUUGCGCCAGGAUAUAUUGCGACGGAUAUGAACAAGGCGUUGAUUAGCGAUGAGACUAGAGCGAAGCAAAUUAUGGACCGUAUUCCGGCCGGAAGGUGGGGCAGUCCGGAGGAUUUUAAAGGACCAGUAGUGUUUUUGGCAUCCGAGAAAGCAAGUGGAUAUGUAAGUGGGGAGUGUUUGGUUGUUGAUGGAGGAUGGAUGGGAAGGUAA